AUGAUAUCACUCAAAGCCAUUAACACCUCCUAUGUCCCUACAAAACAUGCCCUUUUCCACACUAGAAGAACACUCAACCCGAAGAACCGGAGCAUAUGCCUUUGCAAAUCCAAUAAUGAUUCUAAUUCUAAUUCCGAGGCUUCCCUACCUGAAGGCGAUAUCAACAAGCAAGAACUUCUUGCCAGAAUAGCUAUGCUACAAACUGAAAAAGUCCGUCUCACUGAUUACAUAGAUGAAAGUUCCAGAAAUCUAACUCAGUUCACUGAAGAAACCAAUGCAGAGUUUGAUAAAAUUGGCGAGGACGCUCUGAAAGAACUAGAUGAAGCUAGUGCCAGGAUAAUGGAGAAAAUAGAAAGUCAGAUGCAAGCUUUUGAAGAAUCUGCGGAAUUAAACAGAACCGAAAUUGAGAUGAAUGAAGAUAAACUAGCAGAGUUUGAAGGUCAAAUAGUGGAAGACAGAAAUGAAGGAAUGUUCUUCAAGAACCUAGGUCAAAAACCUCCUAUUAUUGAUAAAGCCCAAGCUAAAGUGGAAGCAGAGAAGGUUAAAGAUUUAAUGAAAGAAAAGGCUGGUUCCAAGAACAGAAAGAACAUUUACCUUGCUUUAAUUGCUGUGGUAGUCAUUUCGAUUGCUGAUUCUUUCGUCAAUUCACCUGAUUGGCGGAAAGUUGCUGUUCUUGGAGCAAUUUUAGCGGGUUUGAUCACUCAGUUCAGCUACGAGCAGAAAUUAGCAUCAGAGCUUGAAAGUAAAGAGAAGACAGAUAAGGAAAAGAAGUAAAGUGUUUCUUCCCCUAUUAUCUACUGAAACUAUGCGGUAAAUUGUUUAGUUCUUUUCAAAAAAAAAGAACAUAAAAUGUUUGAUGAUAAUAUUUUAAAGGAAUAUAGCAGGAGUAAUAACCCCAAGUUUAAACUUACAACUUGGAUCUGAUA